AUGGGUAGUGCUCCGGAAUCUGAGGGCGGCCUCCACAUCCUCAUCGCUGGCGCUGGCAUCGGCGGUCUCUCAGCAGCAAUCGCAUUGAGGAAGCAAGGACACCGUGUCGAGCUCUUCGAGCGCUCGCGCUUCGCCAACGAGAUUGGAGCCGCUAUCCAUAUUACCCCUAAUGCGAACGCAGCACUGCUGAAACUGGGCAUUGACGCUACAAAUCUUGGGGCUGUGGAGUCCGAAAAGCUGCGCGUCUUCCCUCCAAACGGUCCAGAGAUCUUCUCAUUAGACAUCAAGAAGACUGCAGGGUUCUGGAGACAUCGCUGGCUUCUUGUUCAUCGAGCCCAUCUCCACGAAGGUCUGAAAAUCGCCGCGCAAGCUCCAGGCCCUGGCGUGCCUGCUCGACUGCACACUUCCAACAAAGUGGUCGAUAUUGACCCCCAUAGUGCAACCAUAACCCUCGAGAAUGGCAAAAGGAUAACCGGCGAUGUUGUUCUUGGCUCAGACGGCGUGCAUUCAGUCGCCAAGACAAAGCUGCCUGGAGGAGCGAAUCUAAGGUCUUUCAGCUCAGGGAAGAAUGCAUUUCGUUUUUUGAUUGCUCGAAAAGAUGCACUGGAGGACCCCGAGACGAAAGAGCUAGCAGAUGAGCUGGGGACUUGGUACAUGUUUGAUAGUCCGGAUCUGCGGGUCGUCGUGUAUCCCUGCGCCAAUAACGAGCUGCUCAACUUUGUGUGCAUUCAUCCAGACACAAUGUCCAAGAUCCACGAUGGCUCUGAGUGGGAUCAGGGUGCGAGCAAGGAGUCGUUGCUGGAGGUGUACAAGGACUUUAGUCCCCAGAUUCGAAAAUUGCUCGCAAAGGCUGACCCGGCCACGUUGAAGGUGUGGCCGUUGCUUGAUACCGACGACUUGCCUACCUGGGUAGAAGAUCGACUGGCUGUCAUGGGUGAUGCUGCACACCCUUUCCUGCCAUAUCGUGCUUCAGGCGGUGCAAUGGCUAUCGAGGACGCCAUAUCACUAGGCGUCAUGCUUCACCGUGGUGUGACCGUGGAAGAUAUUCCCGCGCGAUUGAAGUUAUACGAGAAAGCCCGCCGCAGCCGCGCAACAACAAUCCAGCAGUUGACCAGGAAGAGCUCCCACGGCCCACUCCCGCCGGCUGAAGAAAAAUCAAUGACCGAAUAUAUCUAUGGCCAUGACGAACACGACCAUAGCACGCAAGUCCUGCGCAACGACCUGUGGUCCCAAGGUCCCCAAAAGUACUGGCGGCAGCCCAUCGUGUUCGGGCCCAUGCCUGGGCCACGACAGAACUUCCAAGGCCUCAGCCGUCUUGCCCGGUCCCAGAAAUCCACGUUCCAGACAACGUCAAUCAAGUUCAAAACCAGCCGGACACUACUGCAAAACCUACUUCCCAACGACUCGUGGUCCUUCGCUACACCAAGCACCGUUGCCACUGCAACCUUCUCCCAAACCCUGCUAAACGGUAUGGACUGGCUCGGUGGCGGCGGAUAUCGCCAUCUGGGGCUAUAUAUCGACGGCGUGCAGUAUACCAAGGCGAACGGAGAGGUUGUAUCGGGGACGUACCUGCCCAUUCUAUUUGAGAGCCUCGCAGACCCGAUCGUGAGCGGCCGCGAGGAGCUUGGCAUGCCCAAGCUGUACUCUGCCAUUGGCGCGAAGGAGCGCGAAGCCUCGUACUACCUGCAGGCAAGCUGGGAGGGGGCCGUUUGGGGGCGGUUCCGGUGGGAGGGCCUGGAGGAUGAGGAUCCUGCCGCUGCAAACGCCGGGCCGCUGCAAGGUGUCAACGCGGGCGUGCUUGUGCACCGCUAUAUCCCAAAAGUCGGGGCGGACUGUAAGGGUGAGGCUGACGUGGAGUAUGCAGUGUUUGUGCCGAAUGCGGAUGAGAGUAAGCUGUUGGUUUCGAAGGUGACCAGGGUUCGGAAGGCCAGUAAGGCUGCAUUUGAGAUUGACGGGCUUGGAUGGGAGGCGCUGCCGACGUUGCACCACAUUAUCGAGCGCCUGGCUGAGAUUCCAGUUGAUGAGAUUCUGUCGGCGAAGAUUGUCGAGGGCGAGGGGGUGCCGGAUGUGUCGUCUGCGCGGCGGAUAGAACCUCGACCAAUCGCCAUGCCCCCGAAGCGCACUGCCGAUGCCCAUGGCGGCAGCUCGAAGCGGACCAAGACCAGUGCCACCGCGCAACCUCAAGAGGAAACUCAAGCAGAAGCUCCAGCUCCAGCUACCAACCGCGCGAGCAAGCGAUGGUCGGCUGUGUCGGUCUCCCGCAAUCUCGCGCAGUCAUUCGCCGAACAUGCCGAUUACGACACCUACAAAACCCUUUGCCAGGCGCGAGUGGAUGGAAAAUCACCUAAUGAUGACGAUGACGAUGACGAUGAAUUCGAUGAGGAUGAGGAAGAAGACGAUGAGGACGAAGAAACUAGCAAGUCAGAAGCCAAAUGCGACAUGGGCGAAACGUGCAUGUGCAAUAAGCCUGCCGCAGAACACCCUGAGCACCCGUUUAGCAUCAGCGAGGCCGGCCACAAUAAAUUCAUCGACCAGAUUGCGCACACCAAUGUGCGCGAACCAGACGCCUUCGAUAUGUACGUGUUCAAUGACUUCGCGGGGUAUGGCGUGUGGGAAGUGCUGCAAAACCUCGUCGUCGACUUCGUUGAGGCCAAGGACAACUGGAAAGAACAGUGGGCUGUUUGCCAAGCUUUGCCCUUCUACUGGAUGAGUGGUGCAGUCAUGCCAUUCACAAUGCUCGAUGCGCAUUCGGUGACGUCCACAUUCCACCUUCUCGGGCAGAUGUUCCUCGUCAUGCUGGCCACCUUGGAAUCCAAGGAUUUACUGAAGCCCGAUUCGGAAGUCAAGAACCUCGGCAUGGUAAUGGCCCAGUAUCUUCUGCUGGCCGACGAGCUGCGAGAGUACACCUCACUCGGGUCGGAUGACGAUGAAGGACCUGACUUCUCCCGCUUUGAUCAUUAUGUUCUUGCAUACGCCAAGAAGCACAGCAUCGGAUUGCGGGGCCCUUCCAAGACCGAUAAGCUUGUGAAGGCCAUCGAGGACGAUGAAGACGAUGAGAUGAAGCUCCCUCGCCGUUCUGCUGAUCCGUGGAAAUGGGCCAAGGCUUACAAGGCGUUUGCCCAAGAGCACGGCACGAUCUUUACAGUGCAGAAAAAGGGUAUGGGCGGGGACAGCUUCGACAUUACCUCUUGGACCAGCGCACGGCGCAAGCAACACAGCUUCAACAAGAAAGACCCACUUGGCAAGAAGGAAAUGGACGCAAUCAAGCAGGGUAUGGUCAUGCAGAUGGGAUAG